AUGGUCUUCGGCGACGAGAACAAAGCAAAGACGAAAAAGAUCGAAGAUAUUGAUAUUCUAGUGUACGAGGUUUUAACACUUGGAGGAGGAGAAUCUUCAUGGACACGCAAUACGUUCACCAGCCCGCCUCAUUUCACUGUUACCAACUCAAUAUGUAUCAAUGGUUUUGUGUAUUAUGCUGCUUGGACCCCAACCCGAACUACAAAUCCGGUGAUUGUGUGUUUUGAUGUUAGGUAUGAGAGGCUGAGCUUUAUCAAAGCGCCUAUGGCUGUUGUUUGCUGGGAGGGUGAAUCUAUUCUCAUAAAAUACAAAGGCAAGCUAGCAUCCAUUGCAAGACACCCUCAUGCUGAUUUCCAUAGUUUUGAUUUAUGGAUACUAGAAGAUGCGACGACACAUGAUUGGUCCCAGCAAACAUUUGAGCUUCCUUUCUCUUUGGGGAUGGGUAGGAAUAUCACUUCCCCGGGCUCUAACAAAGCUGGUGAAAUCAUUUUUGCACCAAAACGCCUUUCAAAUGAUGUUCAACCAUACUACAUUUUCUACUACAAUGUUGAUAGAAAAGACAUGAGAAGAGUUAGGCUACUAGGAAUUGCAGACGAUGAAGAGUUUAGGCGCCGUUACCGGAUCGCAGGGCAAUCUUACGUCUCCAUCUCACCCGAACACGUCGAAACUAUUGCCUCUAUAUAA